AUCACAUGUCAAAUUGACAAUUCUAAAGUGGGGUUAGGUUUUUGUUUAUUUUUUGAAAACUUACUCACUUUUCUCAAAAAAUGAAGAGCUUGAGUCUAAAGAGGAAACUCCGAUCCUUGUAUAUUGUCACUGCGAGUGGAAUAGGGGCCUAUGUGGCUAUAAGUCUGUAUAAAAACAAUGAAAAAUUUUACAGAAACGUUGUAAUGCCUUUAGUUCACUUGCUAGAGCCUGAGCAAGCCCACAGACUUGGAAUUUUGGUCAGUAAAUACCGCCUAGUUCCAAAAACCAGUUACAUUGAUCCUGAUUCUUUGAAAAUUACUCUUUUUGGUAAGGAAUUUAAAAACCCAAUUGGUAUAGCGGCUGGUUUUGACAAACAUGCUGAAGCAGUAAUGGGUUUAAGAGACAUUGGUUUUGGUUUUAUUGAAGUUGGUUCUGUGACACCAGAACCUCAAUCAGGCAAUGAUAAACCUCGACUUUUUCGCCUGUCUGAAGACUUUGCUGUUAUAAACAGAUACGGGUUUAACAGUGACGGCCAUCAGACUGUUUUACAAAGACUUGUUAAUUUAAGACAGGCAAAAAAAUGUGAUAGUAUAAUUGGGGUUAAUUUAGGCAAAAACAAGACUUCAACUGACGCUAUCAACGAUUAUGUUAUUGGUAUUAAAAAAUUAGGACCAGUUGCUGACUAUCUUGUUAUUAAUGUCAGUAGUCCUAAUACUCCCGGUUUGAGAACAAUGCAAGACAAAAACGUUUUAAAAAGCCUCUUAAAAAGUGCCAAAGACACGCGCGAUAGUCUUCCUGAUGGUUCCAGACCCCCACUGUUACUAAAACUAGCCCCAGACUUGUCAUACAGUGAGCUCAAAGACAUUGCAAAUGUGGUGAGACAAAAAGAAACUAAAAUUGAUGGUCUUAUAAUUUGCAAUACCACAAUCGAAAGACCACAAUUUCUGCAUAAUGACAAUAGAACUGAAACAGGGGGGUUGAGUGGGAAGCCUUUGAAAGACUCCUCAACAAAAUUAAUAGCAGAAAUGUAUAAACUGACACGUGGGGAAAUACCAAUUAUAGGCGUUGGAGGUGUUUUUACGGGUCGAGACGCCUACGAAAAAAUUACAGCUGGUGCUAGCGUUGUGCAACUGUACACAAGUUUGGUGUAUGAAGGCCCCCCAGUUGUGGCCAAAAUUAAACGGGAAUUGGCGCAAUUAUUGGCCGAUGAUGGGUAUAUGAGUAUUUCGGAGGCUGUGGGGAGCAAUGUUAAAUAAUUGCAUUUAGUGAAUUCAAAAAACUGGGGAUUUUUUGUUUGUCCCUAGAAAAAAAUAUUCUUUUUUUAACACAAUCACAAACAAUGAAGAAUUGUAACGAAAGCCGAAAUAAGUGACUUUCGGACAAUACACAAUGUCCUGCG